AUGAGUCAAACAUCUCUGAAACAGAAAAAGAAGAAUGAUACUGGAUCGAAGAACUCAAAAGACAGCAUAGACACAGAGAAAAGAAAGGAUUCUGAGAAAUCAGGAGUUCGUCUGAGCACGCAGAUGAGGCGUGCAGUCAAUCCGAAUCACUUGCUGAGAUGUUGCCCCAUGCGAGGUCACUCGUCGUGUAGACGCUGCCUUUGUGCAGCGGAGGGAACAGUACUUCUUGGCCCCUGCCGCACAAUACGUGUUUAUAUUCACAUGUGCCUCUUGUGGGAGCAGGGCCGGCAGAUCACCAUGAUCAGGGUGAGCAGAGAUCAAACAACUGAUUUCGAAGGGGAGCCACAGGCAGUCUGGGAAUCACAAGAAUCACCAUUGCCGAAGACUGAUUCUCGGGGGUACGUUGUGCGAAAUCAGUGGUCACGAACUUCACGGAGCCCAUCCACCAGAGCUCCAUCAGUAGACGAAACCAGAAGCAAGAGUGCCAGUCUUAAGCUCCCCGCUAGCUCCACAACCUCCCGGACUUCAUCCACCUCCCCCAGCCAGCAAGACUCCCAGAAAGAGCUGUCGGCGCAGCCCUCGCCGCCCACGCCACCCAUGCCUCUCGACUCGAGCCCUCCCACUCCCCCGGAGUCCUAUUCCCAGUCCCGGCGCAGCAGCAAGAUGCAGGAGAAUCCAGAAGCCUGGGCUCAUGGCAUCGCUCGGGACUCCAUGCAGCUACGGGAAUACCCUCCUCGCACGCCCCCCACCGAAUGGAAGUCCUAUGCCCAGCGCAGGACGACCUACUCCACCCAGUUGGACCGCGACUGCCUGUCACAACUGCCCCGGCAGCAGCAGCUGGAGGAAGAGGAGGAAGAUGAUGAGGCCUAUUGGGCAUCCGUGAGAACUCUGUAUGAGAAGACCCCCAGCUGCUCUCGCCCCCGACCGCCCAAACCCAAGCAUGCCAUCACCAUCGCUGUGUCAUCCCGGGCACUUUUCAACAUGGUGGACGGCAGGAAAAUCUUCGAGGAAGAGGGUCUAGAAAAGUACAUGGAAUAUCAGCUCACCAAUGAGAAUGUCAUCCUGACCCCAGGGCCUGCAUUCCGCUUUGUCAAGGCACUGCAGCAUGUCAAUGCUAGACUCCGUGACCUGUAUCCUAAUGAACAGGACUUAUUUGAUAUUGUACUGAUGACUAAUAACCAUGCCCAAGUGGGAGUGCGGCUUAUAAACAGCGUCAAUCACUAUGGCUUAUUAAUUGACCGCUUCUGUCUGACUGGUGGAAAAAGCCCCAUUGGCUAUUUGAAGGCAUAUCUUACCAACUUAUAUCUUUCGGCAGAUUCUGAAAAAGUACAAGAAGCCAUACAAGAAGGGAUCGCCUCUGCAACUAUGUUUGAUGGAGCCAAAGACAUGGCUUACUGUGACACACAGCUCCGCGUGGCCUUUGAUGGGGAUGCCGUCCUCUUCUCGGAUGAAUCUGAACAUAUUACCAAGGAGCAUGGGCUGGACAAGUUCUUUCAACAUGAAGCACUAUUUGAGAAUAAGCCUCUUGCUCAGGGUCCCUUAAAAGGCUUUCUGGAAGAUUUAGGCAGACUGCAAAAGAAGUUUUAUGCCAAAGACGAACGGUUACUUUGCCCUAUCAGGACCUACCUGGUUACAGCCAGGAGUGCAGCCAGUUCAGGCGCCCGAGUGCUGAAAACCCUUCGCCGCUGGGGUCUAGAGAUAGACGAAGCUCUUUUCCUUGCUGGAGCCCCCAAAGGUCCCAUCUUGGUAAAGAUAAGGCCCCACAUUUUCUUUGAUGACCACAUGUUCCACAUUGAAGGGGCACAGAAAUUCGGCACCAUCACAGCUCAUGUACCUUAUGGCAUUAAUCAAAAAAUGAACAAUUAG